GACGUCAUCAAUUUUGGAAAAACACACAACAUUUUAACAAAACCAAAAAAAACAUGUGUGGGUUUAUAUAAGAAUGAUAAUAUACAAGUAGUUUGGUUGAUUCUGGUGGCCUAUACAUUUUCAAAUUCAGGUUUUAAUAUUAUUGCUAUUUAUUUAUUUUUGUUUUGAUUUUUUUUUCUUUAAUUUUUGCUUCAAAAUAAAAACUAUCGGGAAAUUUAAGUAAGAAUCACAGUUAAAACUGAAAUUUCAAUAAAGGUGGUUGCGGCAUAUUAUUUAUUUUUUUUAUUUUAUUUUUUUUGCAAAAAAUAUCUAAAGGAGGAAAUCAUAAUAAAGAAUAAAAAUUUUUAUAUGAAAAGAAAAAUUAAUAAAAAUAAUAUUGUUAAAAAAUUGUGAAAAGAAUAAGUGUUAAAAUUCUUUCAGUUUUUUUUUUUUGCAAUUAACAAUUUGUGAGGAAAUAUAAAAGAGUGGUGUUAAUGAAAUAUUGCAACCAAUUGAUAAUUAAAAUGAUUCCCAUUUUCCUACAACUUUUAUUAAUAUCAUUCGUAUAUGGACAGAGACCUUCAUUUGCUGGCAGUUUACAACAUAGUGGUUAUAAAGAUAAAUUAAAACCGGAAACUAAUAUUACAGUACCAGAUGGUUUAAGUGAACGUUUUGAACAAGAUUUAUUAUCAAAUCGAACUCAACGUCCACCAGUUUUUAUAAAUGUUGUAUUACCAGAACAAGAAUUUUCACCUAUAUUAGGCGACCGAUUUAAUAAUGAUUCAAAUUCUAUACCCAAUAGAUUACCCAUAAAUUCAAAUCAAUUACAAUUAAAUAUGAAUAAUGUUGAAAGUACAACACGUUUACCAUAUGAUGCUUUGGGUAAUAAAGAUAUUGUUGAUCGUUUAAAUCGUUUACCAUUUGAUCAAAGGCCAUUUUGGUUAAUAAAUGCUGCAGCAAUUGAAAAUCAUCGAAAUCAAAGUCAAUCGAGAUUAACAAAUGAAACAAUAGUUAAUCAACAAACAACUGAAUCAUUAACUAAUAUUCCCGAUGUUAAUCAAAAUUUAAAUCAGUCAUCAGAAAAUUUAAUCGAUAAAGACAAUCAAGAUCUAAUUGAUAAAUUAAUAGAAUUAAAUGUUGAUUUUGAUGAUAACAGUACAAUAUCAAAUACUGAAAGUACAACUGAAAAUGAAUUAGUUUUGGCUGAAAAUUUAAUUGAUAUUGAUGAUAGUACAACAACUCAAGAGCCAAUUGUAAUAGAAGAGAAAAAAGAAGAACAAGAAGAAGAAUCAAUGACAACAAUUCAACCAGAAAUAGUUGAGAUAUCAACUUUUGCACCAAACAGUGCUGGAUUUCCGAAUUAUGGGAGAAUUAAAUCAUAAAUUGAAAUUUUUUUUUGAAUACAUACAUUAAAGCUUAAAAUCAUAAUCUAUUUUAUUAUUUUUAACAUUUUAUAAUAGCAAUAUAAGACUGUAUGAAAUUUUUAUAAUCAAAAUGAUAAGUUUUAUAAGUGAAAAUUAAUUUUCUAUUUUUAAGUUUAAUAUUUAA